GCAGUGUGUAGAAAGCAUCGAUAACGAAAAACUGAAAUAGGCGAUAUCGGCGCCGGCUGUUCUAUCAUUAUACUGUGAUACAUAUAUACGAGUGCAUUAUUAGUAUUCAUUUAUAAAGUACAUUUAUAAUCACUUCUGUACUGGCCGAAGUGAUACGUCUCGCUAACUUAUAACGCUUGACGAAGAGAUUUUUUCCGAAAUUUAUUGAAUGAGAAUUUGUCGUGUAGCUUCUAAUUAAAAACAAAUUGUUCACAAAUAAUAAAAAAAAAUAUUAAUAAACUAAACGAAAAUGCCCUCCACUUGCGUAUUUGAGUUUGAUCGACCACAACCCGUUUACUAUAGCGGCGAAACUAUCAAUGGACGCAUUUUGCUGCAUACAACCAGCGAAAAAAACAUUAGAGAGGCCUACAUCCUCUUCGAAGGCGAGGCAAAAGUGCGCUGGGAGGAAAGUCGAUCACGUUCACACGAUGGCAAAACAGAACACUACACCGAAUAUUUUCGUGCUACUGAAACCUAUUUAAAUACGAGAACAUCCGUGCAUGGCGAUGGUACGCUACAGCCAGGCACCUACACUUACACAUUUUGCAUACCACUCCCACUACAAUGUCCCACAUCGUGCGUGGAGAAAUAUGGAAAAAUUGCAUACGAACUGGCGCUGGUGCUAAAUCGACCAUAUCGUUUUGAUAAUAUUUUCAAACAGCCGCUAACGGUGUUACAUCAGGUGAACUUGAAUAUGCAACCAGAGUUAUUGAUACCUUUAAAAAGCGAGGAUAUCAAAUACUUUUGCUGUUGGCCCUGCUCAUCGGGACCGGUGGUAUCUACACUGGUUAUCCCAUUUGGUGGUUAUGCACCUGGUCAGAAAAUCAAAUACAACCUGCAAAUAGACAAUCAGUCGACUGGAUAUGAUUUAGAGGAUGGACUAGAAAUAAAAUUGAAACAAGUAUAUAAAUUUGUGGCACAUACACCACAUCACAAGACACGUUAUCACACCAAUACGCUGGCGCUUGCUGAACAGGGUAUGAAUUGUUUGAGACUUUCUAAGCGCAUAAUUGAGGGUGAGCUGGUUAUACCACCCGUACCACCCACUUCGGAUACAGACUACAUUAUUGGUGUGCGUUAUGAGAUUAAAAUGUCUAUAAAUACCGGUUGCUGUCAUACUGAUUCCGAGCUAGUGAUACCCAUUACAAUUGGUACAGUGCCUUUGGCGCAAAGUGCAACCAAUCCACAAAAUGGAAUUGAUAUGCUGCCAACGGCACCGGGUGCACCGGAUACACCCUUCGACAGCGAUGCACCACCAAAUUAUGAAAAAUUUAAGCCUCCCUCCUUCGAAGAUGCCACUACUAUUAGUGGCAAAUUUAUAGACCAAGACGUAGAUGAGCGCAAUCGUACCGAUGAAUUCAUUCCAAAAUAUCCGAUGUACAAUAAUUUUGCUGGACCUACAGCGCCGGUUGCAGCCCAAGCGGAUACUCCGUUAUUGCAGUCACAAGCUGGGUAUGCAAUGAAUAGUGCAACAGCAGAAACUCAACAGCCUUUGCCGACAACACGUGCUACGACUGGCUAUGGUUGGAACAGUUGAAUUUAAUCAAAUAUUAUUUACUCUAUCUGUGGACUCUUGGCAAAUCAACUUAUGUGACUUCAACAGGUUUUGCUUUAGGGGAAAUAAUUUCUUAUCUAUCACAGGAUAAUUUAGUAUUCUAUUCAACUUUUAUUAAGAUUGUUGCUCUAGCUGAAUGUUUAAUUGAUUAAAUAUUUCGAUAAAAUCGAUCAAUUUAGUGCCGUACAGCAAAAAAGUGCUAAAUCGACUUAAGUUGGCUCAUCAACAGUGCGCAAAUAUGUACCUGCAGUGAAAAGUCUCAAUAUGUGCUUUCGUUCGCUAAUAUCACAUUUUGCCACAUGUGCCGGUACCCUCUAUUUUAUGCUGUCUUUGAAAGGCAAAUGGUUUCAUCAGGGGUACGAGUGCUUUUAGAAAAAAUGGAGACUAGGCCAUAUGUAUGUGUCACACACAAAUAAGCUUGAACUAUAUAAAUUUUGCUCAAAAAGUACCCGGAAUUUCUCGUUUACAGGAACUGGGCUAGAGAUUUUAGCUGCUAUCGACUCACAAACCAUUUAGCGAGUAGUGAAUAAAACAACAAGUUUCUCUUGAAUCCGACGUAUGAAACUUGAUUUGGCAGCACUGUAUUAUUUCCGUUUUAGCAAACUGUUGCCUGCUUCCAUUGUUUUUAAGAGCAUUCCGCUUGAAAGUAUAUGAAAUGUUAACGAAUAAUAUUCCCUUUCAUAAUUGAAACCACAGACAUAAGGAUGUCGCUUCUAAGUGGCUUGAUCAGUACGACAGCCUCUCCAUGAAAGAUCUGUACGUACGACAAUCAGUUCUACGUAACUGAAAAUAAUCGUAUUUAUAUCCAGCUAAGGAAUUCAUUUCAACAGCAUUCCCCAUAAAUGUAUGGGGAACUUUUAUGCUACAACAACAACAACAAUAAUUGCUAAACUGUUAUUACUUUCAUAUACAAAUUUUUCCUUAAGAGAGUAGUACGAUAGAAUUACCUAGCGAUCAGAGAAGUAGUGCAUCGAAGGCAGCAAUGGUUGAACCUCUUUUCAAGAUGGAUGCAGCUAUAGACCGCUCAUAUGUCACUUUCUAGCACUAUCUGUCGGAUAGUGUGAAUAAUAGCUUUGCAAACGAAGCAUUAUAGGUGCAUUGGACGAAGUUAGAUUAUAGAACUACGAAAUUUCAGACAGACGCUUUGCUCACCUAAAUUUGACGCAGCCAAGGAACGUCUACAAAAUAUCUACAUAGCUGUGAGAAGAGCAAAAACAACAAUGAUUUUUAGUUUGUUGGUGCUUGAACUCUCUACACUACAACAAAGUGAGAGGUAAAGAAAUUUUAACAAUUUGUUUUCUAAAACAAAAGAAAUUACAACAAAAAGCGCUAUUCAGCUUCGUCAAAUUUAGUUGAGCAAAGUCUCUGUAUGAAAUUUCGUAUUUCUACCAAAAUUUCAUCUGCAGAAGCUCUAAAUUUGUCAACGGUAACCUACAAGAUCCUCAUAAUGUCGCAACGUUUAAAGUAAGUCGAGCUGUGGCGGACGAUUUUCGAUUAUUGACAUUGAAAAAGUUAAGAAAAUUGUGCUCAAAAAUCAUUCGCUGCGCUUCAGAGAGGUGGCAAUUGAUGUUGGUGUAUGUUUAAGUACGAGACGAGAUGAAGCGCAACUUGAUUUCAUGAAGAACGAUUCAAGCUCGCAAAUGUCCACGGAGUCGUUCCCACACCAUAUAACCUUGUAACGCAAAUGAGGAACACGAAAGGGAAAUGGGAAGAGUAAAAGAGUUUGCAGCAAGGAUAUUAAUAAAACCCCAAAACUUACAAUGGGAUGGUAAAGUGGAAUCAAAGCGAAUGCGACCGAUCUAGAACACCCGACAGAUAUGUCAUCUAAAGAAACCCUUUUUUAAACAGAACAGAACAUGUGAGGGUGGCUGUAUUCACGAAAGCAGGGCAAGCACGCACGCGUUAAGUAAAGCCUCAAGACAAACCCAAACAGACGACAAGUCGAUAUCCUGUAACGAUAUUGCAACUUUCCAAAGCCUCAUUGGUCACAAAGCAAUGGAGGCUAGAUAGCGUGGGAUUAAUACGCAAUUAGAAGAGGAGCCUGGUUUGUCUAAAAGGCAUUAUCGCGGCUCCGCCUUGAUGAAAUGCUUUUAGCAGUCCCAGGUGAAAUCAACCUAGAGGCGAAGAAUGUUAUAGGGUUAGUAGGAGCAUGCCCUACAUACCACUGGUGUGGCAGCACCUUUAGUGAUGUUUCUGACGUUUUCGAAUUUAACCUCCUUUGAAAAAAGCGCAACUUGCGCCGAGUAUACUGCUGGGUUUUUUUUCUUGUUUACACAAUUUAAUUCAUAUUUAUAAAAAUCUUCUCUGUGGCCUAAAAUAUUAUUCAAUGUAUCAUUACCCUUGGCAAUAUAUAUGAACGACGCUUCUCAGAUGAGUCAAAAUAAAAAAACCAAAUCUUAGUCAAUCCAAAAUGAACUCGUUCUUUGAAAUAUGUGUGUGAUUGUCAAGUCAUGGUGUGGUCCAUCUCGAAUUCCAACCGCCAUAUCAGUACUAUCCAUACCAUACUAAGUAAGUUGUACUAUGCUAGUGUAUUAAAAUAUUCGAGAGAUGAACUUUCUAUUUUAAUAGCGAAAUAAGUCAUAAUUUAUUCACCGCGACCAUUCGAAGGCUCGCAACUCGUCAUCUUGUAUGCGACUACGUGAGCAAAAACAUUUUUAAAUACUAUAUUCAUUUCAUUAUCUUUUCCUGUUUCCCAAGCUCAGGUUAUCACCUCGCAGAAAGCGUUUUGAGAUGGCUCAAAUUAUUAACACGUUGAGUGCCUAGCAGAUUUAAUAAAAAUCUUCAACAGAGCCCAAGCGGCUUUUUCGUUUUAGAAAAAGCAAUGGGAAAUUAGAUAAUAAUAAGUUCUUAGUAAUCCUAUUGUUGUUGUUGUUGUAGCAGCAUACACACCUCCCAUACAUAGACGAGGAAUGAUGCUGGCGCGAUAAGUUCUCUGCUGGAUAUAAAUCCGUAUCAUUCCGGUAACGUAGAACCGUCUGUCGUGGGAAUGUAAUGUUAGUAAUCCCCGAAUGGCUUUGUUGUUUAGUUCGAAUUUUUUAAUUUUCUUUUUGUGCCGCAUGUUUUUGUGCGACAUGGCUCGGUAUGGCUAAACUGGAAUCGUAAAAGUUAUCAAAGCGCAAAUAUAGGCCUGCUUUAAAAACAUAAAAAAUGAUGUAGUCUGACAUCUUUGGAAGUAUUGGGUACCGUACAAAAACAUACGACAUGACACUCAAUGUGUUAAAAUAAUAAAUAAGAACUUGCAGAAGGGACUCUUAACAGUUCCGAAAUUGGCAUAUGAAUAGCGCUUCGAAGAUUGCGUAUUGUAUAAUAGUUUUCGCGUACAAUAAUUCGAUCCUAUCCUUGGAGGGAUGUAGGCCAAGAAAUAAUUAAUCAAAACCCAAAUAAUCAAGCAUGGAUGCCCAUUGGCCUUACGGCUUAUUGUAAAAGAAAAGACAAUAAGUGUGGAUAUGAAACACAGGAGAGCGAGGGAGAAUACUAAACUUCCCUGACUUCUUGAUGAAUCUGUAAAGCUUAUCGAGGUAUAGAGAAUGUUGCCGGUUCAACCAUUACUCCAUCUCAACACGUUUGACCCAAAAACGUGAUUCCUUACUAUGAUGCGCUUAAAAUAAAUGUUAAGAAAUAAUUGAAACAUUUUUGAUUUUUUUUUUACAAAUUCCGGAUACUUUUUGAACAGAAACUGCAAUACUUGUGAUAUAUUCGAUAAUAUGAAAUCAAUACGAAAUUAAAUAAAAUACGAAUAUUAACUUUAGUCAGCUGAAACAAGCUUUUGUUAUGUACAAUUUAUAACACACAGGUUAUCAGCGUGUAGAACUCAUCAAAGAACUUUUUCCUGCAGGGCCCUUUAAAAACUAAAUUCACGUACUUUGUAUUAUAUAGAUAUUUAUAUGCACCUAUAUAUAUAUACUCGAAUAUCAAAGCUACAUUGUUUGCAGAGCGAUCUACUGUAGCACAUUACGAUUUGCUUAAUUUAAGGUUUUUUUAUAUUUAAACAGUUAUGAACUUAAAGAUAUACACAAUGUUACUUAAAAGUUUUCAAGUGCCAUGAAAAUUUCACAGUUAAAUAAAUACAAAAAAUAAAAAUAGAAACGUUAAACCA